UGUUCACUUCCUUUCCCUUCUCGGCCAUUUUCCGCCCUGACGGCAGUACACAGUCAUGGCCCCCAGCAGGAAUGGUAUGAUCCUGAACCCUCACUUCCAUAAAGACUGGCAGAAGAGAGUUCGUACCUGGUUUAAUCAGCCAGCCAGGAAACUCCGCAGGCGUAAGGCUCGUCAGGCCAAAGCUCGCCGCAUUGCCCCUCGCCCUGUCGCCGGACCUCUCAGGCCCAUCGUCAGGUGUCCCACCAUCCGCUAUCACACCAAGGUCCGUGCCGGCCGUGGCUUCACCCUGGAAGAGCUGAAGGCUGCAGGCAUCAACAAGAGAGUGGCUCGUACCAUCGGCAUCGCCGUCGACCCUCGCCGACGCAACAGAUCCGCAGAGUCCCUGCACGCCAAUGUCCAGAGGCUGAAGGUGUAUCGCUCCAAACUCAUCCUCUUCCCCAGAAAGCCUUCUGCACCCAAGAAGGGUGACAGCACUGCAGAGGAGGUCAAGAUGGCGACGCAGCUCACCGGAACGGUCAUGCCCAUCAAGAACGUCCAUAAGAAGGAGAAGGCCCGCAUGAUCACCGAGGAAGAGAAGAAGUUCAAGGCUUUCGCCAGUCUGCGCAUGGCUCGUGCCAACGCCCGUCUGUUUGGCAUCCGCGCCAAGAGGGCAAAGGAGGCUGCCGAGCAGGACGUGGAGAAGAAGAAAUAGACCGUUUUGUAUGCAACAAAAUAAAGCCUUCAGAAAUACAA